UGUGAAUGCGUUACAUUUCUGCCGACGUGUUCGAGCUUUCGCCUAGAAAUAUGAUGUCACCAAAAAACUGUCACGCAAGGGAUGGAGGUUACAGGACAGCGAAAUCUUUGUUUUGGUGUAGAUUGACAAGAGUGUGUUCGAAGCCCAAACAAUUGUCGCAAAGCUGUCCAUAUUUUCUCCAGAACGAUGUCUAUGAAAGCUCUGAUUGUUGAAGAGUUCGGCGACUCGUCGAAACUAAAGUAUAGUGAGGUUCUCAAGCCAGAACCCGCAGAAGGAGAGGUUUUGGUAAAAAAUGAGAUUUGUGGCUUGAAUUACCUUGAUGUCUUGGUAAGGAAUGGGGCUUUGCCUCUCAAAGCUGUAGGAUCAGGGUUUCCUUUGACAAUGGGGGUGGAGGCUGCUGGAACAGUGGAAAAAAUUGGUGUUAAUGUCACUAGUGUGUCUAAAGGAGAGAGAGUAGCAUAUGCAGUCGUUGGAUCUGGAGCACAUGCUGAGUGUGCAAAAGUGUCAGCAUCAAGACUGGUAAAAGUUCCAGAGGAGAUUAGUUUUGAGCAAGCUGCUACAUCAAUGGUUCAGGGGAUGACUGCGCACUACCUUGUGCAUACAACUGGCAGAGUGAAGCCUGGUGACAAGGUGUUGAUACAUGCUAUCUCUGGAGGGACUGGGUCUCUUGUGUGUCAAGUGGCAAAGAAUGCAGGAGCAUUUGUGAUUGGAACAACUAGCACCGAGGCCAAAGCAGCAAAGGCAAGGAAGACUGGUGCCGAUGAGGUCAUCCUUUACUCACAGAAAGAUUUUGCCGAAGAGGUCAACAGGAUCACUGAUGGAGAAGGGGUGAAUGUUAUUUAUGAUGGUAUUGGAAAAAAAACCUUUGAAAAAGACUUCGAGUGUUUAGCUGUCCAAGGAAUCGUGGUGUCUUUUGGAGUAGUUUCCGGGACUCCUCCUCCGUUAGAUCUUAACAUACUCGCCAAAGGUUCCUUCUCCGUCUGCCGACCUUCGUUGUUUCACCACAUCAAAAAGGAAGAGGAUUUGAAGUGGCGUAGCUCUGAAGUGUUGAACUGGAUCAAGAAAGGCGAAGUGAAGUUUGGUGACUUUACUGUAUUACCACUGUCUGAGGGAAAGAAAGCUUACGAGUUGUUGGAAAGUGGAAAAUCUACAGGAAAAGUCUUGAUGAAGCCAUGAGCUGAACUGAAAGAUUUAAGCGGUUAAUCGCAAUAAAACUUAGUUUUAGUUGAUCCUAGGAUAAAAACAUACAAAAUGCUAACGAA